GUCUCCAUCAUCACCUUACAAGGAAAGCUUUAAGCUUUUUCUCUUUUAUUUCUAGGCAGCAGCCUUCCUAAAACUUUAACAAGCAGUAGUGAUAGUAAUUUAGAUCCUUUCUGUUUCUUGUACAGCUAACUGUAUUAUAGAUUUUAGCAAAAGAUAAGAGAAACAAAAGCAAAAGCUAAAAAAAAGAAGAAAAGAGAACACCCCAGAUAAAGAAAAAGCCAGUUACAUCCCUGCUAAAAAUAAGAAAGGCUUCAUUUUGAUCUUUCUUUCUUCAUUAACUUGAUAUUGGUUCUUUGAAAUGUUGAAGCUUUUCAGGGUUUAUAAACUCUUCAUUGAUUUCCUCAUCAUUUUCUCUUUAUUCAUUGCAGUUUUUCUUACAGAAUAGCAAAUGAUGCUCUCGCAAUUUCAAGGUUUUUGCUGGACAUUAAAGACGGUCAUUUGAUUUAUUUCUGGCUUUUUGUGAGGGAAAAAUAAGCAGAUGGCAGCUGAGCUUGUCAGUUCUGCAACCAGUGAUAAACUGACUGAAGUAGAUUGGACCAAAAAUAUUGAAAUCUGUGAAUUAGUUGCACGUGAUGAAAGGCAAGCUAGAGAUGUUGUUAAAGCUAUUAAAAAACGUUUGGGGAGUAAGAAUGCCAAUACUCAAUUAUAUGCAGUGAUGUUGUUGGAGAUGCUGAUGAAUAAUAUUGGGGAACAAGUUCAUAGACAGGUGAUUGAUACAGGGAUUCUACCCAUUCUUGUCAAGAUAGUGAAGAAAAAGACAGAGUUGCCUGUAAGAGAAAGGAUAUUUCUUCUUCUAGAUGCCACACAGACGGCUCUUGGUGGUGCUUCUGGAAAGUUCCCUCAGUACUAUUCUGCAUAUUAUGAUUUGGUGUGUGCUGGAGUGCAAUUUCCUCAAAGACCUCGUGAAAGACCAUCAAAUCAUCAGGCCACCCAAGAAAGUAAGAAAAAUACAUUAAAUGGGGAACUUGCUGCCGCUAGACAUGAGGUGGGUGCUCAUCCAGUACCAGUGGAACCUCAAGUUGUUCCUGAAUCCAGUAUUAUUCAGAAGGCGAGCAAUGCUCUGGAGGUUUUAAAAGAAGUCCUUGAUGCUGUUGAUUCUCAAAAUCCUGAGGGAGCGAAGGAUGAGUUUACUCUUGAUCUUGUGGAACAGUGUUCAUUCCAAAAGCAGAGAGUAAUGCAUCUUGUGAUGACUUCCAGGGAUGAAAAGUUGGUCUCUCAAGCUAUUGAAUUGAAUGAGCAGCUACAAAAAGUUCUGGCAAGACAUGAUUCCCUUCUAUCUGGGAGGUCUACAGUUUCAGAUACGACUACCAUUUCUGAUAGAACUACUACAACAGCAAAUCAUUUUAAUCAUGAGGAAUCAGAGGAAGAGGAGGAGCCUGAACAGCUUUUCCGAAGGUUAAGAAAGGGGAAGGCUUGUGCAAGACCUGAAGAUGAAGGCAACUCAGAAGAGCGUCUUCCUUUGGGCUUGCUUGGAUCGACAAUUCCAGGAGAUAGGCUGAACCGUCCACUUAUACGGCCACUUCCAUCCGAGCAGCCACAGGAUCCCAACGCAAAUUGUGCACCUGUUGUAAUUCCACCACCACCUGCGAAACACAUGGAAAGGCAGAAAUUCUUUCAGGAAAAGAAGGCUGAUGGUUCUGCUGUGUCUGGCCACAUGAGGGGUCUUUCGUUACACAGUCGCAAUGCCAGCAGUUCCUGCAGUGGAAGCAUAGAUUUUAGUGACUAGGGCGAUUUUCUCAACUCAUGGUUUUUCAUCAGUUUGUAUUUAGUGGUUUAUGGUGGUAUGUCUAUCUCAUGUACUGUUAAUGGGAGUGUUUUUUUACUGUUAGUCAGGUACUAGUGAGGUGUUACUUCUGUUUCUGAGGAGUUCUGCCCUAAGUUUGCACUUUUAAGCAAGCUGGAACUCUGUUACUGUCCUGGAAGGGAUUUGUACACGAGAUUUUUCUAUAUCAUAUACCUCACUGGUUAUCAUCA